AUGACAGCCAAUAGUUUUGGAAUAGCACUCAACACUGCAUCAGCUGUUGUAAAUGAGGUUUGUCAAGCUAUUUCAAACUAUCUUGGCCCGAAAUAUCUCCAUCUUCCUGAAGAUGAAGAAAGCAUGAGGGAGAAGGUAGCAGAAUUUGAAGCCAAAUUUGGCAUGACACAAGCUUUUGGUUGCAUUGAUGGGACACACAUUCCAAUUCAGUGCCCAUCAGAGAACUCACAAGAUUUUUUCUGCUAUAAGCAGUUUUUUUCAUUAAGUGUGCAGGCUGUGUGUGACUAUAAAGGCUCCUUCAUGGAUGUUGAAUGUAAGUGGCCUGGAAGUGUCCACGAUGCAAAGGUUUUUGCCAAUUCUUCCAUCAGUGCCAAAUUAAGAAGUAAUAAAUUGCCCUGUACAUUUCAGACUCCAAUUCCAGGUGGUGUCAAAAUACCUAAUUACCUCAUUGGUGAUCCAGCUUAUCCAUUGCUUCCUUUCUGCAUGAAAGAGUAUGAUUCAUGUACCAGUAAUAAACAAGUUGUUUUCAACAACAUGCUGCGUUCUGCCAGGAACCAAAUUGAAUGUGCUUUUGGCCGGCUUAAAGCAAGAUGGUCCAUACUCACUACAAAAGUGGACUUCAAACUUGAGGCAAUACCAACAAUUAUUUAUGCAUGUUUUGUAUUACAUAAUUAUUAUGAGAAGCAUAACAUGUAUGUUGAUCAGGACUUGGUUGACUCGCAAAUUCAACUUAUGAAGGAAAAUGAAGAUCAGCUUAAAAACACUCCUGAUCCAAUUUACUCUUGUGAUGUGGGAGAAGGGAGUGUUGUGAGGACAACACUCACACAAUUAGUACUGAAGAAUCUUUAA